AUGUUCUGCGCGAUCAUCUCAGAUGUCGAAAAUAAGGCCGAAAUAUGUUUUGAGGUGGCCAAAAGAUUGAGAAGGACGAACAAGGGCCGCAUGCCAUUGAAUAAUGGAGAUGAGGCAUUUGUGAAAUUCUUCAAUUUAGGCGACGUAGAAAGAUGCAAUAUCGCUAGUGGGUCUAUAGAAAUGCCCCUUUAUGAAGUGACCAUACGGGAUGUAUGUGAGGCCGUAUGCGCCGUAAGUGAAGAGAGCCCUAAUGGCGAUUUACUCCUAUACCUCGCGUAUCGCAGACUCAACCAAAUAGACAUCGCAACAAUCCAUUCCAACGAAGUGAAAAGUGUUUGCAGGGUAUUGUAUGCUUUGAGUAAAAGCGGAUACCUCGUGGAAUGCAACAGCAAAUUGGUCUGCAGCAUAGUCGAAAAACAUGCUCGCUCCAUGAAUGCCAGAGACAUAUCUUGCAUUAUUCAGGCAAUUAAAUUUAGCGAUGAAGCUGCGCUUAUUCCCCUUCUACGGCGAAUACAAGCCAUCGUGGGCGAAGCACAAGAACAGAGUGCAGUCGGUGUCAAGUCGGCCUCUGUCCUCAUCUCUAAUCUAGCGAAUAUUGCUCAUGAGGAAAAUGUUGAGUGCCUUCACACACUCAAGAAAUGCGCAGAAGCAAUGGUAGAUAACGUCAAACGAGACGCGGCAACCAUCGGUCAGCCUGAAACAUUUACGGCCAUAGUCAUUGCACUGGGGAAGCUGCAAGCAUUCCGAUAUAACCAGGAAAUAUACCGAUGUUUCGAAAUUCUAACUGGCCACAUUCUGGAGAAUCAGCUGCUUUGGAUGCGGACAGGGCGCAUUUACGACCUGAAUAAAUUGCUUAGUAUCCUCGCAGCUAUCCGGCCACAAGCUAAAGGCGAUAAAUACAUUCAACGCAAGCGUGCGCCGAGUAUUUGUGUUGAGGAAACAUCAGAGAAUGUGCUUCUAUCCGGCUUGGAAAUGGUCAUAAAGCGCCUGUCAGAGCUGUAUGUGGCCGGCCUAGGGAGGCUCAACUCCCGCGCCGAGGGAGUCGACGACACCCUCAUAAGAAACCUCUGCCAUUUUCUGGAAAUAUACCGGGCACACGACCUAUGCGGUGUCCUAAGUUUGGGUGACGAACUGAAUCGUGAACUGCUUCGCACACUCUCCGACAGGCACGAUUACAUGAAACCAGUUGACGUUAUCGAACUUGUGCUUUAUUUGCAGACAGUGGAUCCCCAGGAUGCAAAUCUUAGAACGAUGCAGGCAGCUGCGAUAAAAAGAGCAGAGACAGACGCCAACGUUGACGAACGUCAAUGGGGGCGGAUACGCAGACUCGUUUCUCCACGGAAACAGUAA